AACGUGGGCAAGGCCAUCACCAAGGGCUGCCACUACGUCGUCCUCGGCCUGCAGAGCUUCGCUGCCGCCUACACAGCCCCGUUCGCAGUGGCCACCAGCGUGGUGUCCUUCGUGCGCUAGAGGACCCCACGCCUUCGGGCUGGAGCUCGGGGACCCUCGGACGAGAAAGCUGCUCCCCUCGUUGGACUGGAUGGAGUCAGGUCUGAGCCACUCUUCGCUUCCAGCUCCCACAGCUCCUGGACGUGGUGGCCCUGGCUCAUCCUGGGGAACCCAGGUGCCAGCAGCAGUUUUUCCCCCUGGGACACUUGGCACCUUCCUGGAGAUGGUUUGAGCGGUGUGGGCAGCAGAUGGCCACCGCAGGGGGAAGCGAGCUGGCUGGGGUCCCGAGUUCUCCGGAUCCUCCGGUGCAGGUCUCGGCCUCCCAGGGCACGCAGGCCCUGGCCUCCUAACUUCUGCAGCGGCGGCAAAGUGGCCAUUUGUGUCUGAAGUCAUUCUGCCCCAACCUGCUCCUCCGACUCUGGACUCUGUCGUCGGGGGUUCAUCUCAGGCUCAGGAAGAAGGAAAGAGGGCGAGAAGCAGGGAGGGAAGUCGAGAUGGACAGACAGACAAACUCCCUUUGUAGGCUACGAGGCUUUGCAAAGCGCAUCCACAGCUGGGCCACAGCUGUACAGUGGAGGAACAGUGUUGGUCUCACCAUACCGGGUGAGGCUGAGGAGGAAGGGGCGGUCUGCCACCGCCGGGCAGCUCCUCCCUGCGGGGUGGGGCGGGAGGUGCGGAUUCUGAGAAGGACCCAGUAAGUAGUGGUGGGUUGGGGGAUGUAGAGAGAGGGCGGGAAGGAUGCUGGGGGAGCACUGGGCAUGCAGGACCAGGUUGAAGUGUCCAGUGUCGGGGGGCCCGGGGCAGCUGACUCUCAGCCUGCGGGGACCGGGAGGUGGGCAGGGCCCAUGAGGCUCACACUCUGGCCUUCAGGCUCACACCGUGGGGUAUGGGGCACCCUUUGCUGGGUAGGGCUGACUCCUGGACUCAAAGGUUAGCGUGGACGGGGUCCUGGCCCCUGCCUGGGGCAGCUGGGCAGUGCUGGACUCUCAGGCACUCAAAGGGCGGUGAAGGACGGAGAAGAACCCUCUGGCGGCCCUGCAGUGGGCUGUGCUCCAGCUGCAGCCAGGAUAUCCGGAGCCUGGACGUUCCCGCCUCCUCCACCAGACCCUGGGGCCUGGGAGACAGACGAACGGAUGGAUGGACAGACGGAAAGGCUGUGUGGGGGAAAACAGUGGCUGGAGGUGAGGUAGGGGAGAAAGAAAUAAAACUGGGUAGAUGGGAGACAAGGAAGAUCAGAAUUUUAAAAUUGUGCUUUUCAGAAAAACUUCAGCUUUAGGACACAACAGUUACUUAAGCCUUUCUUCCUUUCAGGAAACUCAGAUUUUUUCCAGGGGUCUUACAUACAAUAUGCCUGUAACUUGGGCUUCCAGGGCCUGUGUUUUUCACUUGUCUAUUACAUUUUCUCCCACAAACUUCUACCCCUGAGGAGGCAGCGGUGUUAGUGGGCAGCAGAUCUCAGUGUGCAACUCGUGGAGCUCAUGUUUGAAGAAUAACGUGACCAAUCGUGGGAGCGCAUGUCCGAGACCCUCUGGCCCAGCCCCUGAGUACCCCAGUUCUGAUCACAGGGCGCCCCGAGGGCCUGCAUUCUGUCUUUCAGUGUAUACUUUUUAAAACUUUCGUCCAAUAAAUUCCUUUAUGCGUCUUA